UAUAUUAAAAGUUCUUGCAUGUGGUCGGUCAGAUAUCUUGUUUACAAUAUUGAGGCAGUGGUCUUUUUCUUGCACGUCCCAGACACUAACUGUGAGAUAACAGCUAUGAUAGAAGAAUAAAUUCCCAGUCGCUGUUGGUGAUUCAGUUACCUGACAGGGUAGAAAUUGACCUCACAUGAAGGAAGUUAUAGAGAAAGGGAUAAAUGUCACAGAGUAAUAUCAGGUUGAUCCAGAUUGGGAGAGUGAUUGAAGAUUUCACAGUUGUCUUCUUGAUGUAAUCAUUCGUUGCACUUGUUGUGUAAGAGGAAAACUUGAUGACAUUGAAAGCUCAUGCAGAGGACAUCUCUUCACUAAUGAAGCCAUCUUCAUAACAGAGCUAAGCAGAGAUCGAGACACUGCCAGAUGCGUCAAGGACUUCCUUCUAUUUAUUCUGCUACUAUGACAACUACAGCCAAUGAGGUUCCAUCAUUAUACUACGGUGAUUAAAUUACGGGAAUUGCAAAUCUGCAAAGAUGAUUGUGUCCACAUCUUGAUGUCUCUUGCUGUGCCACUGACAGUCAGAUUUAUUACAAGAGAAGGUGUAAGUGCUUACUGCUGAGCUCAGUGAAUUGGAUGGACUACAUCAAAAGAUUACACUCGGAGGACAGAGAUAGCAAAGACAGAAAAUCAAAAUGAAGCAUUUUGAAACAGUUCAUGUGAAUCCUCUAGAUUUGUUGAUUACUUUAAGAUUGCCCCAUUUAUAUCGUUUAUCUACAGAAGCAAACACAGGAGCAAGGGAUGAUAAGACUUAUGGAAAUGGAUAUAUUCUAAUGGGGUCCACCUUGUGUUUGUUCACUAAAUAACUCUUUUGAUUUAUCAAAUUAUACCAGAGCUUUGAAGCGUGUUUCUGCAAGUGAUGGUGUUUUGGUAAUUCUAUUGAUUCAGCAUGAGCUCAUAUCAGAAUCAGGAUACGGGGUCUAGAGGAGUGGAAAGAGGGUCCAUGUUUCGGAGAAACGACAGUCGGGCAUCGAAUCUUUCCUCAUUCGAAAUGAAUGACUUGCUGCGAAGGAACAGGGCGGGGUCCCUGGAGAACAGCGAACUGGACGUCAACUCGAGUACAAACUCUCAGACGUUUACGGAUUUCCGUCCAAAGCAACUUGACAAAAACUAUGAAGCACGCUAUAAUUUGCUACGGACUAAAGCCUUUUCUAGGCCAUCGAUUCAAAUGAGAGUGUAUAACUUCCUAGAACGUCCCACAGGAUGGAAGUGCUUUAUGUAUCAUUUUACUGUGUUCAUGAUGGUGCUGAUCUGCCUGAUUUUUAGCGUCCUCUCCACAAUAGACCAGUAUUCAGAGUUUGCCAAUGAAACACUAUUUUGGAUGGAAAUAGUAUUGGUGGUAUUCUUUGGACUGGAAUACGUGAUCCGUCUAUGGUCUGCUGGCUGCAGGAGUAAAUACAUGGGCUUGGUGGGAAGGCUGAGGUUUGCCAGAAAACCAAUAUCUAUAAUAGAUCUAAUAGUGGUUGUAGCAUCAGUGGUUGUGCUGUCCAUUGGCUCCAAUGGGCAGGUGUUUGCUGCUUCAGCCAUCAGGGGUAUCCGCUUUCUCCAGAUCUUGCGUAUGCUGCAUGUUGAUAGACAAGGUGGCACAUGGAGACUGCUAGGUUCUGUUGUGUUUGUUCAUAGACAGGAGCUUAUCACUACAUUAUAUAUUGGUUUCCUUGGCCUCAUUUUCUCUUCCUACUUUGUGUACCUGGCAGAGAGGGACCAGGAUGAAGGAGCCAAUGGGGAGACAGAUUUUAACAGCUAUGCAGACGCUUUAUGGUGGGGGGUGAUCACUGUCACCACAAUAGGCUAUGGGGACACCGUGCCAAAGACUUGGGUGGGAAAAAUUGUGGCUUCCUGUUUUUCCGUCUUUGCAAUUUCUUUCUUUGCUCUCCCAGCUGGUAUUUUGGGAUCAGGAUUUGCUCUUAAAGUACAGCAAAAACAGAGACAGAAACAUUUCAAUAGACAGAUUCCAGCUGCUGCUACUUUAAUACAGUGCUUAUGGAGGUGCUAUGCUGCAGACUCCAGGUCUAACUCAGUGGCUACAUGGAAAAUCCACGUUCAGGAUCCCAACAGACAUUCAAACUCAGUAGUUAGUAAAGGCCUCAGGAGACCCAGUUUAAUUAAUCUUAAAAGAAGGCGCUUUUCUAGGACUAAACUUGAAACAGGAUCAAGUAGCUGCAAUCACAUAGACAGAAAAGAUAGUGAAGCUUCACAAGUUACAUUUUAUAUAGAGGAGCAAAGUAAAAAUGCAAAAAUGAAGACAGAUCUUCAAUUAAAACCCUCCCCAGGUGGAGCCACUGAUGCUCCUCCUGAGUACGAGUCAGAUAUGCAUGUAGACGUUGAAACUCAGCGGGUUGUUCAACUUACAGAAUCUCAUAAAUGUGCAAUACGAGUAAUAAGAAGAAUAAAAUAUUUUGUGGCUAGAAGAAAAUUCCAACAAGCUAGAAAACCUUAUGAUGUGCGUGAUGUGAUAGAACAAUACUCUCAGGGACACCUUAAUAUGAUGGUGAGGAUAAAGGAGCUACAAAGAAGAUUAGAUCAAACUAUAGGCAAACCAGGGGCAUGGUUUGAUAAAAAUGGCACAAGUACUGCAGCAGAUCGUGCCAAACUGACCAUCACCUCACGGCUGGGCAGGGUGGAAGGACAGGUCAACAAAAUGGACCAGAAGUUGGAUCAGAUACUCAUCAUGCUGAACACACUGGUCAAAGCCAAGCAUGCUGCUGUGAAUGAAGAUUCCAAGGAAGACUCUGUGUAAACUGUCUUCAGGGACAUUGAUGGACCUCUCUCCCAAGUUUAUGGAAAAUAGCUUCAUUCUGGGUAUAAUACAUCAAGUGAUGCUGUCAUAUUGUGUUAAGGGGGAGCAUGGAGGGCUAGAAACAGCUAAAUGAACCAGGGGUUAUAAGGAUAGCACGGCAAUGGGUAACUUAUGCUGUGUAGAUUGAUAGUGUGGUCAUCACAGACACACAUACACUGUAGAUUGACACAAUGUGACUUGUUUUUUAUGGCAAUAUGAUGAUAAUUGGUUGUGAUGCUGUGAAGUGACGUGGAGACAGCUUUUAUGCCACACCCAUUUAGUUUAUAAUGGGGGAGGGGCUAGCUAGAGGUAAUGGGGACAGUCCCAAGCUCUCUGUAACACCUGGGAUGUUAACUAGGCCUCCUUAUUUGUGCACUGAGUUCCAAGAAGCCAUUUUUAAUGAUAGCAUGAUCAGGAUGGGGCGUAUGUACUUUAAAAUGUGGUCAUAGUCACUUGACUAGGGCAGAACAAGGUCACUGGGAGCAUUCAGAUAAACCCAUCAUACUAUAGCUGGGUCGCUUGAACUCUUUGGGAGAUUCUCCGUAAGUGCAAUCCUCGUGUUGCUAAGAUGUAUUAACUCAUUAACUAGCUACUCAAGUUGAUUACACUGAAUGCACUUUAAGGAGAAUCCCCUGCAGAGUUGAGUCCUGCUGGUAGGAUGUUUGAAUCUGAACCCAGUCUUACACCACAACAUACUUAUUACAAGUUAUCAGGGCUUAGACCUAUGAAAGUCCAUACAGUAAUCAGUAUGCAAUGUAAUUAUAAAGUAGAAGGUAGGAAUGGAAAGAAAUUAAAACAGUCAUAUUGACUUUGUAAAUUGAGGAAUUAAAUUAAUUUGCCCAUGUCUUUACCUCGUGAUAUUUUCAAGUGGAAUAUGUAAAAGACUCUUUGCUGCUGU